AUGGCGUCCUCAAAAUCUCCCGAACCGAACGAGAACGACUCAACCUACAGCAAAAUGUCCGUCGGCGAUGUCGAAGCGAUAGGCGCUCACUGCCAGAUGACCUUCUGUCGGCAACUGGACUUCUUACCUUUUCGAUGCGAGAGCUGCAAAGGCAAAUUCUGUCUGGACCACCGAUCUGAAACUGCCCAUCAAUGUCCCAAAGCUGGGGAGUGGGCGCGAAAGCGCGCAGAUGCGAAUCGAGGGCCAGCGUCUCGAUACACCCCUUCGCCCAAACCGAGCAUCCUCACACACGAACAACAAUGCUCCGAGCCGUCAUGCAAAACGUUGAUCAACACACCACUGGUGACCGGCGUGCAAUGCGACAAGUGCAACUACUCAUACUGCCUGAAGCACCGCUUUACCAACGACCAUAACUGCGCGAACCUCACGCCGAAAGCAGCACGACCGGCAGGAGCCGCACAAACACAGAAAGAGAAAGGCCUCGCAGCGUUGGAGAAGUUGAGGGCAUGGGGAGCAUCUAAGAAGGCUACCAUGCCCAAACCGACCCUGCCUCAAAGCAAAGCCAAACAGUCUGCUGCGGCAUCCUUAGCGGCCACGGCGAACCUGAAGAAGACCGCAAAGGGCGACGAGAAGAUCCCACAGGAUAAGAGAGUAUAUCUGUAUGUGGAGGCAUCUUCGGACACUCUCACAGCAAAGAUACCCAAAGGCAACUUCUUCUACAGCACGGACUACAGUGUCGGGCGAGUACUGGAUCUUGCAGCGAAGAGCCUACAGGUUCAGAACCUCAACAACAGAUCAGAGGGUGAGGAAGAGAAGCUGAGGGUGUUUCACGUGGAAGGUGGACGGCUACUGGAAUUCGGAGAGAAGUUGGGCCAGAGCGUGCAGACGGGCAAUACUGUUGUGUUGUUACGUGGCGUGGGAGCUGGCAUGGCGAAGACACCGGACAAGACGGGGUGA